UAUCAACUUAAAAAAAAAAAAGAUGCUUGCACGUAAAUUAAUCUUUUCGCGACAAUUGUCUACUUCUUUACCUCGGUUCCAAGUCAAACUCUUUGACAAGUUACCUGGAGAAGGUAGACAAGUGAGUAAGGGAGUACAAGACUUGUUAGGUCCCUUAAGAGCCGAAAACUUCAGUAACGCAGAUCCUUCUAAGACCGUGGGAUAUGAUCAUUUUGACGUGGCCAUUGUCGGUGGUGGUAUUGUUGGUUUAGCUACCGCAAGAGAAAUUCUGAAACGUCAUCCCCACUUAAAACUCACUGUGCUUGAAAAAGAAGCCGAUGUUGCUGGUCAACAAACGGGUCAUAACUCUGGUGUCAUUCAUGCUGGUUUGUAUUAUGAACCUGGCUCUCAAAUGGCUCAUACCUGUGUCAGAGGCGCUGAUUUGAUGUAUCAAUACUGUGAGGACAACAACUUACCCGUAGAACGUUGUGGAAAAUUAGUCGUUGCAUGUAAUGAGAAGGAACACGCUCAAGUCGAGAAAUUGUAUCGUCAAGGUACUGCCAAUGGCGUCAAGGGGUUGAAAAUUAUCAACAGCGACGAGAUAACGGAAUUAGAGCCCAAUGUCAAGGCUUAUAGCGCCCUUUUAUCUCCCAACACGGGUAUUGUCAAUUAUUGGUUAGUUAGUCAAUGUAUCGCAAAAGAAUUGAGAAAAAGCGGUCGAGUUGACAUCAAGACAUCAUUCGAAGCCAAAAAAUUUGAAAAGACGUCUGAUAACAAAGUACGUAUUUCCGGUAGCGAAAAAAUCAUGGAUGGACCCCAGUUACAAGUGACAGCCAAACAUGUGAUUACAUGCGGUGGUUUAUACUCGGAUCGUUUGGCGGGAUUGACAGGUGGCAAUGAUAAGAAGCAUCGUAUUGUGAGUUUCAGAGGUACUUAUUACCAAUUGAAGCCAGAGUAUCGUACCUUGGUGAAACGUAAUAUCUAUCCCGUGCCCAGUGGAGGAGGUAUUCCUGUUGGAGUUCAUUUUACACCCACUGUAGAUGUACGUCGCGGUCAUCAAACCAUUGUAGGUCCCGGUGCUUGUAUCACUUUCUCCCGCGAAGGCUAUCGCUUCUUUGAUAUCAAGAUCCGCGAUGUCUGGGAUAACGUCAUGAAUAGCGCAUUCUGGGCUUUUGCCUUGAAAAAUUUCAAUUUGUCCAUGGGGGAGUUGUACCGGGAUUUAAACAAGAAUGCCUUCUUGCGAAGCGGACAAAAAUUUGUUCCCGGAUUGACGGGUGAAAUGGUCGAGCCUAGUUUUGCUGGUGUCAUGGCACAGGUCUUUGAAAAGGGAGGUGUAGCAGCAGGAGACUUUAUUGUGGAACGUAAAGUGAUGGAUGGAUUGAUUUUAAAUGUUCGAAAUGCACCUAGUCCAGCCUGUACGGCUUCUCUUGCUAUUGGAGAAAUGAUCACUGAUACUGCUGAGCAGGACUUUAAUUGGAAAUAAACUCUUUUUAUUCUUUA